AUGGACCACCCCCAGGACCUAGCGCACCAUCGUUCUCUCAACGAUCCUGAGAGUUUCUGGGGUCAUCAGGCUGAGCAACUAUACUGGCACAAGAAACCCUCAUCCGCCCUUCGUCGGACAACCAAGACUCUCACAACGGGUGACACGCAUGGCCAUUGGGAGUGGUUCCCGGACGGUGAGAUAUCAACAUGCUACAACUGUGUUGACCGACACGUCCUUGCUGGUCGCGGCGAUGUCCCGGCCAUUCUCUACGACAGCCCCGUUACCAACACGAAACAGCGCAUCACGUACAACCAGCUACUAGAUGAGGUCGAGGUCUUUGCCGCCGCCCUGCGGGAGGAGGGGGUCAAAAAGGGAGAUGUCGUGCUUGUCUACAUGCCUAUGAUCCCCGCGGCUCUGAUCGGCAUUCUUGCCAUCAACCGCCUGGGUGCUAUCCAUGCAGUCGUAUUUGGAGGAUUUGCUGCUGGUGCACUCGCCCAACGCAUCGAGGCAUCACGACCUGUUGCCAUCCUCACGGCUUCAUGUGGCAUUGACGGCAACAAGCCACCCAUUCCGUACCGCGACUUCAUCGAGGAAGCUGUCCGCAUCUCGCCCUGGAAACCAUCCAAGACUAUUAUCUGGCAGCUUCUUUGGCGCCCUACCCGCAAAUUGGAGGGCGAGAGAAAGUGGCAGCACCUAGUAAAAAGCGCCAGAGCCCGUAAUAAGAGGGCCGAGUGUGUGCCUGUCAAGUCAACGGACCCUAUCUACAUCAUCUAUACUAGCGGCACAACUGGUCUGCCGAAGGGUGUGCUGAGAGAGGCCGGUGGCCAUGCGGUUGGUCUUCACCUGACUAUCUCCUAUUUGUUUGGCAUUCAUGGGCCAGGCGAUGUGAUGGGCUGUUUCAGCGACAUUGGCUGGGUAGUAUCCCAUAGCUACACGCUCUACGGGCCUCUCCUCACUGGCGCCUCCACGGUUCUCUACGAGGGCAAGCCCGUCGGUACUCCCGACGCCUCCGCUUUUUGGCGCCUAGUUGAGGAGUACAAGAUCAACACCAUGUUUACGGCGCCAACUGCCCUGCGCGCCAUCCGCAAGGAUGAUCCAGACAACUCGCACUUCACGCGCAUCGGAGAGCGCGGUGGGCUGAAGAGUCUCAAAGCUCUAUUCCUCGCCGGUGAGCGAUCAGAGCCGGCCAUUAUCACCAUGUAUCAGGGUUUGCUCAAGAGAUACGCGGCCGAUAACGCCGACGUAGUCGACAAUUGGUGGUCGUCAGAGUCCGGCUCGCCAAUUUCUGGCAUUGCGCUGGUGCCUUAUGCUGGCAAGUGCCGGCAGACGGGCAUGAAAGAAAAACAGCCGCCCCUGGACAUCAAGCCCGGGAGCGCAGGCAAGGCGAUGCCCGGAUUUGACGUGAGGGUUGUUGACGACGAAGGCCGCGAGAUCAAGCGCGGCAAGAUGGGCAACAUCGUCCUGGCUCUCCCCCUUGCUCCCACCGCCUUCCGUACACUCUGGGAAGACGAAGAGAGGUUCUACAAGGGCUACUUGAAGCGGUUCGAUGGCAAAUGGAUCGACACCGGUGACGCCGGGUGGAUUGACGAGAGGGGCUACAUCCACAUCAUGGCGCGAACAGACGACAUAAUCAACGUCGCCGCCCACCGCCUCAGCACCGGCGCCCUCGAGCAAGCCAUCACCUCCCACCCGCUCGUCACCGAAGCCUGCGUCGUCGGCAUCCCAGACGCCCUCAAGGGCCAGAUGCCCUUUGCCUUCGUCGUCACCACCACCUCCCCAUCUGAAGGCACCGGCACCGGCACCGACACCCAACUCUUCGCCGAGAUCCAGAAACUCGUGCGCUCCCAAGUCGGCCCCAUCGCCAGCCUAGGCGGCAUGAUCCGCGGCAAGGGCAUGAUCCCCAAGACGCGCUCGGGCAAGACGCUGCGCCGCGUGCUCAGGGAGCUGCUCGAGAAUGGCGUGCAUGGCGAGUUUGACCGCGAGGUGGCCGUGCCGUCGACGGUGGAGGAUGUCGCCGUCGUGGGGGUGGCGAGGGAGGCGGUGAGGGGGUAUUUUGAGGGGUUGGGCAAGAGUGGGAGGCAUGGCGCGGUGGAGGGGAGAGCGAAGCUUUGA